GGCAUCUUGCCCAAUGGAGCACAAGUCGCCGUCAAAAGAUUAUCUGAAAGGUCGUCGACUCUCAAGGGGCCGAGGAGAGAAGAUCCUUGUGCGUGGAGAGGAUGGAAGGAAGGCAACGGUCUCCAGCUAGUAGAUCCUCUCUUCGCAGACGAAACCCUCGAGGAAGAAGAGGUCUUGAGAUGCAUUCACAUAGGCCUCUGUUGCGUUCAAGACCAAGCCGCCAUCAGACCUACCACAGAUGCCUUGGUGCUGAUGCUAACAAGCCCCACGGUCGACAUUCCUGAACCGAGCCUGCCGGAUUACUAUUACGCUAGGUUCCUGAGCCUAGGUGUUGGUGCCGCUGCUUCAUCCUCCUCCCCAAUUCCAGACAUUGACUCCACCGUUCCCACGAAAUCCACCACCAUCAACCAAAUCACUGCCUCUGUGGUAGAUCCUAGAUGA